AUGGCGAACCCUCCAAAGCCAUGGAAAGUGGAGUACGCGAAGUCAUCAAGAUCUUCGUGCAAGACUUGCAAAAAUUCCAUUGAUAAGGAAAAUUUAAGGCUUGGGAAGAUGGUCCAAGCCACCCAAUUCGACGGUUUCAUGCCUAUGUGGAACCAUGCAGCAUGCAUCAUGAGGAAAGCAAAGCAAAUAAAAUCGGUCGAUGAUGUUGAAGGCUUAGAACUGCUUCGUUGGGAAGAUCAGCAGAAAAUAAGGAAAUAUGUUGAUGAUAGUGCUGUGUCCUCUACUCCUUCUAUUCCCACUGAGUUAGAAUGUGGUGUUGAGAUUUCGCAAACGUCUCGUGCUACUUGUAGGAUUUGCAACCAAAAAAUUAUGAAGGGAGAGAUUCGCAUAUCAACCAAACCUGAAGGUCAAGGUGCCAGAUCACUUUCCUGGAAUCACGCCAAAUGUUACCUGGAGUCGUCACCAAGUUCUGCAGUCGAUAAAUUUUCUGGAUGGAGCUCACUUUCAGACACCGAUCGUGCUGCUCUUCUUUCAUUCGGAAAAAAGAAUCCUUCCCAAUCAAAAGGCAAAGAAGUAUUGUACGAAGAAUCAAUACCUAAAGAUGGCCCUAAGAGGAAAAGAGCUGAUGAAAGUAAUUCGAAAGCAAAAAUUUCUAAAGCUAGUGGGGAUACUUCUUCAAACAAGAUUAAACAGUUGGAAGAUGGAAAAUCGAAAGCAUCUGACCUGGAAAGCCAACUGGAAAAGCAGACGAGAGCAUUAUGGGCCCUAAAAGAUGAUCUUAAAAAGUAUGUUAGUACUUCGGAGUUGAGAGAGAUGCUCGAGGCAAAUGAACAAGACUCGAGAGGGUCUGAACUUGAUCUACGAGAAUGCUGUGUUGAUGGGAUGUUCUUUGGGGCACUUGCAAAAUGCCCCAUGUGUUCCGGGUGGCUCCGGUACUCCUCAGGCUUAUAUAGAUGCGGUGGGUUUUUAUCAGAGUGGACCAAAUGUUCAUAUUCCACAGCCGAACCUCAACGUGUUAAGGGAAAGUGGAAAAUCCCUGAAGAUUCAAGUAAUGACUAUCUUCUCAAGUGGUACAAGUCGCAAAAAGUGAAAAAAGCAGAAAGAGUGUUACCUCCGAAUUCGCCUUGUGGGCCAUCGGGUGGUCAAGCUUCUAAUCAGCUAAGUCAGUCAUCCAAGCUUGAAAAUAUUGGAGAUUUAAAGGUUUCGUUUUUUGACGUACCUAAGUGGAAGAGAAAAAUUGAGGAAGCAGGUGGACAAGUUCAUCCAAAGAUAAAAAAGGAGACCAAUUGCUUAGUUGUGACUAGUGGGUUUGAUGGCAAUGCCACUGAGGUUAAAAAGGCAAGAAGAAUGAAAAUACCAAUCGUGAGGGAAGAUUAUAUAGCAGAUUGCAUUAAACGCCAGAAAAAACUCCCUUUCGAUUUGUACCGAGUGGAAAGCAUGGAAAAGAGACAUGAGGUGGCGACGGUCAAAGUCAAGGGUCAAAGUUCCGUGCAUGAGUCUUCUGGGUUACAAGAUUCGGGGCACAUUCUGGUGGAUGGAAAGAGUAUUUAUAAUACAACUUUGAGUAUGUCUGAUCUAUCAACUGGGAUCAAUAGUUAUUAUAUUCUUCAGAUCAUUCAAGAUGACAAAAGCUCGGAUUGUUAUGUAUUUCGUAAAUGGGGUCGAGUUGGAAACGAGAAAAUCGGUGGAAAUAAGCUCGAAGAAAUGUCUAAAUCCGAUGCGAUACGUGAAUUUAAACGGCUGUUUCUAGAGAAGACUGGAAAUUCAUGGGAGGCAUGGGAAGGUAAAAAGGAUUUUCACAAGCAACCUGGAAGAUUCUAUCCACUGGACAUUGAUUAUGGGGUGAAAGAUUUGUCCACAAAGAAACAACUCGAUUUCAAAAGCACCCGUCUUGCGCCUCAGUUGGUCGAACUAAUGAAGAUGCUCUUUAAUGUGGAAACAUACAGGGCUGCUAUGAUGGAGUUCGAGAUCAAUUUGUCCGAAAUGCCCCUAGGGAAGCUCAGCAAAAAUAACAUUCAAAAAGGGUUCGAGGCUUUAACACAGAUACAAGAUUUGUUGAAUAACACUACUCAUGCCCCUGCUGUAAAAGAGACUCUUAUAGUCGAUGCUAGCAACCGUUUUUUCACAGUUAUUCCCUCUAUUCAUCCACAUGUUAUCAAGGAUGAGGAUGACUUCAAAGCAAAGGUGAAAAUGCUUGAAGCACUUCAAGAUAUUGAAAUAGCUUCCAAAUUAGUCGGUUUUGACGGUAAUAGUAGCGACUCCAUUGAUGACAAGUACGAGAAGUUACGGUGUCAUAUUUCUCCUCUUUCUCAUGACAAUGAAGACUUUCAACUGAUCGACAAGUAUCUUCAAAGUACUCAUGCACCCACUCAUACUGAAUGGGCUCUUGAAUUGGAGGAAGUGUUUUCUCUUACUAGGGAAGGUGAAAACGACAAAUAUGCCCCUUAUCGAGCAAAACUCAAGAACAAGAUGCUUCUCUGGCAUGGAUCACGUUUGACAAACUUUGUCGGUAUUCUAAGUCAAGGGUUGAGAAUUGCUCCUCCAGAGGCUCCAGCAACAGGCUACAUGUUUGGGAAGGGAAUUUACUUUGCCGACCUUGUCAGUAAAAGUGCUCAGUACUGUUAUACGGACAAGAAGAGUCCGGUGGGGCUUAUGCUUCUCAGUGAAGUUGCCUUAGGCGAGGUUUAUGAGCUUACAAAGGCACAGUAUAUGGAUAAGCCUCCAAGAGGGAAGCACUCAACAAAAGGCUUGGGCAAGAAAGUACCACUGGAAUCGGAUUAUGUGACAUGGAAAGACGAUGUGGUUGUACCUUGUGGAAAACCGGUAGCAUCAAAAGUCAAGGCAUCGGAGCUCAUGUACAAUGAGUAUAUCGUCUAUAAUACAGCUCAGGUGAAAAUGCAGUUUCUAUUGAAGGUGAGGUUUCAUCACAAAAGAUGA